CCCUCCCCCCCCAGCAUGGCGUCCUCAUCAACCCCUAGAUGUAACUCAAAUUCCUUCGAGGGCUCCUCGGUUAAAAAGGCAAGUCCUAUGAAAGAUGGAACUAACUGGGAACGCAAUGAAGAAAUACCUCGUCUACCAGGGGAAACCAGAGGGACAGACAAGGAAGUCAUUUACAUGUGCCCAUUUAAUGGACCUGUUAAAGGAAGACUAUACAUAACAAACUACAGGCUGUACUUGAGAAGUGUGGAAUCGGAUCCAGUGGUAAUAGUGGAUGUCCCUUUGGGUGUCAUUUCAAGGAUUGAGAAAAUGGGAGGCGCUUCCAGCAGAGGAGAGAAUUCCUAUGGGCUAGAUAUUACUUGCAAGGAUAUGAGAAAUUUACGCUUUGCAUUGAAACAAGAAGGUCACAGCAGAAGAGAUAUAUUUGAGGUCCUGACCAAAUGUGCUUUUCCACAGUCAUAUAACUCGCCUUUUUUUGCAUUUGCAAAUGAAGAAAAGUUUUCUGAAAAUGGCUGGCUAGUCUACAAUCCCAUGGUUGAAUACAGGAGACAGCGUCUGCCCAAUGAACAGUGGAGGAUAACGUUUCUCAAUGAGCAUUAUGCACUUUGUGACACUUACCCAUCCCUCUUGGUAGUGCCAUAUAAUGCCACAGAUGAGGAUCUCAAGAAGGUUUCUGCUUUCAGGUCCCGAGGUAGAAUUCCUGUGUUGUCAUGGAUCCAUCCCGAGAACCAAGCCGUUAUCACACGCUCUAGCCAGCCACUUGUUGGUAUGAGUGGCAAAAGAAACAAAGAUGAUGAAAGGUAUCUGGAGCUCAUCAGGGAAACAAAUGGCCAGCUCUCCAAACUGACUAUUUAUGAUGCAAGACCCAGUGUUAAUGCUGUAGCCAAUAAGGCAACUGGAGGAGGUUAUGAAAGUGAUGAUGCAUAUGCCAAUGCUGAGCUGGUUUUCCUAGAUAUUCAUAAUAUUCAUGUCAUGCGGGAAUCCUUGAAAAAGCUUAAGGACAUUGUUUACCCUCAUGUAGAGGAAUCUCACUGGCUAUCUAGCCUGGAGUCCACCCACUGGCUUGAACAUAUCAAGCUUGUUUUAACAGGUGCUAUUCAAGUAGCAGACAGAGUCUCCUCUGGAAAGAGUUCGGUUUUGGUACACUGCAGUGAUGGUUGGGACCGUACAGCACAACUCACCUCUCUAGCUAUGUUGAUGUUGGACAGCUACUACCGGACGAUUGUGGGCUUUCAAGUUUUGGUGCAGAAAGAAUGGAUAAGCUUUGGACACAAGUUUGCUUCGAGAAUUGGUCAUGGAGACAAAAAUCAUGCUGAUGCUGAUAGGUCACCUAUUUUCCUCCAGUUCAUUGACUGUGUGUGGCAGAUCUGUAAACAAUUCCCUACAGCUUUUGAAUUCAAUGACCAAUUUUUGAUUACAAUUCUGGAUCAUUUGUACUCCUGCCGUUUUGGUACUUUCUUGUAUAACUGCGACUCUGUAAGAGAGAAAGAGAAACUGAGCGAAAAAACGUUAUCUCUGUGGUCCCUGAUCAACAGUGCAAAAUCAAAGUAUAUCAAUCCCUUUUAUGCUAAAGAAUUAAAUCGUGUUCUUUAUCCAGUAGCAAGCAUGAGGCACUUGGAACUUUGGGUCAAUUAUUAUAUUAGGUGGAACCCAAGAAUCAGGCAUCAACAGCCAAAUCCAGUGGAACAGCGUUACAUGGAGCUACUGGCAUUGCGCGAUGACUACGUGAGACGACUAGAAGAACUGCAAAUUGCGAACAACCCCAGAUUUCCCAAUUCCUCUUCAUCUUCUUCACAGAUGAUGUCGCACGUGCAAACUCACUUUUGAAGGAAACUGGUUGGAUUAUUUUCUUUGAACAUUGUUAUAAGUGGUGCUUAUUCUGAUGUAUUGGACAAGAGGAAAACAUUGAUGCCUUAUGUAGAGUUUUUUCCUAAAAUCUUUGUCCCUAUAGGAGAGGAUUUGAACACAAGUGGGCUUUUAAAAAUAGAUUUAUGUGCCUUUCACAAACUUUUGCCUGGGAAAAAUGUCAUCCAACUAGCAGUUAUAAUAUCUUUAAAGGUGUUUUUUCCCCUCCUACUGCAAUCCAAAUAGAUAUAGCUAACGCUUUCAAUAAUAGCCAUCAUCUUUUUUUAAAGACAGUAUGAAUUCAUUUUUGUCUAUAGGCUCUCCUGCUCAGACUUAAAAUGCAUGUUUAAGUUCAUAUAUUGAGCAAAGUGCCAUUGAUGCCAAUGAGAAAUUUGCUGAAUCAUAUGCACAUGUAAGAAGCCUGUGGUGUAAGAAGCAAAGUUGUUAAGGGCACAUGCUCUUGAGGAUCAAUUACUGUGUGGACUAGUUUUAUAUGGUUUCUUACACUGAAAACUUAUUUCAGUGAUAGUGGUACGCUAUCAUGACUUAAAUUUGUGCCUAUUCAGAGCAGCAGCCUUAUGAGAUGGAACAUAAUGUGUGAGCUUGUAUAACUUGUUCCCAUAAUAAAUUAGUAUUUUUCUCAAAUAUAUUAAACAAUAUGCAGAAAAUAGGGAGUGCACUGAAAAUAUUUAAAUGUUGCAGAUCACUCGGUUUGCUGUCUGCCUUCAUGUCAGUUUUUUGUUAAAUUUUAUAAUUCUUUUCAGGAAUCAUUUAAAAACAUUACAAGCACUUGUGAAGUCAGCACAGACCUUGCAACUUGAUAUUUUAAUCCACAUUUUAUUUAGGAUAAACAUUUUAUUAAGUGAUAUUUGGUCAGUUCAGAAUAUCUUGAAGAAUAGGAUUUGUGAAGAACUGUUUGCAGCUAACGUGACUUAUUUUCAAAAUAUUUGACACUUUGAGGGUGUUUGUCUACCAUUUGUAAAUUAUUAUAUGUGUAAUUUUUGAUCUACAAAAUGUAAGGUGGCAAGGAUAUCCUAGGAAUAAUUUGUAAAUUAAUUUGAAAUGUUUGGAGUAUUCUUUUCUUUGUAAAGUGUAAAUAUUUUCGGUUUCAAAGACUGAAGACAAAGUCCAUAAAAUACUAUAAAUUUAUUAGUUUUAGAGGACAUUGGGAUAUUUUAGAAAGAGUAUAUUUUCAUUAAAAGAAAAGCAGAGCACAUUAAUACGGUUAAUAGUAUACUGAUAAAUUUGCACUACUUCUUCAGGGAUAGACUGAAGUACUAGUAAUAAAUUCCACUAGUUGAUGCAUGAUUUAUUUCCUUCCACUUGAUACCUGUCCUCUAAAUUUCACACACCUUUGAUUCUUUUGUCUUUAUCUCAUUGCACAUGUACAUGGCUUGUUGUUUUCUGUAAGGGUAACAAAUCUGAGAUGAACUGCAUAACUUGAAUUACAAGGAAACUCACGUAUCCCAUCAGCCUAUUCUAAAUGACCGAGCAUAAAACUCUGAAAAACUAUGCAGACUGAUAUAAUUGCCUUUUGUUUGCCUGCAGUUUUUAAGCAUCUCAUUUUUCACGGGAACCCUUAAAACAUCAUGUAUGUUUCAUACUGUCUAGUGUGGAUUAAUUGCUAUCUUGCUUGUUUUUACUAAGUAAAACACUACACGCUCAGCUGGGGGUGGGGGGUUGCGGCAAAGCGGGGAGUAUUGUAAAACAGAUUUAAAUACAUUUGCCUUCUCCUUAUCUGCAUACCAUUGAUUGAUGUUUCUACCACCACAGGUGAUGCUGUGUCCUGAAUUUUAGAGAAUUUAAUGUUUGGGAAAGUAUAACUUGAUUUUUUAAUACCUGCUUAAGUCAUAUGAAAUAAAAAAGCUGAACAUUU